AUGCUUGAUGUUGGAGUGUUUGGAAGGAUGAAAAGAAGAAUAGUACAACAACGCGCAAUGAAUGGAAGAAUUGAAGCAUUGUUUUUGCAAGAAAAAAAUAAUGUGAAAGAACAAAUAGCUGGGAAGUCAGUUUUUGAAUACCAUAUUGACGAAAAAUACAAGAAAAAGAUUAAAGAUGCCUUUUUUCUAAUCGAUUCGUAUUUUGCAUCUGCUACUUAUUGCUACAAUGUAUUGGCUUUUAAUCUAUGUGGAAUUGAAUCAUUUUGGUGUAAUGAUUAUUCAACUUGUCGUGUCAAUCCUUUAAAGUGUCAUGGAAUCACUGAAAAUCCAUCAUUUGUUGAAAUCUUUCAAUCUUUCGUUGUUGAACCAUUCCCAUUGAGAAAGGAAAAGAGAAAGACCAUUUUAACACCAAAACAAUUGGAGUUGAAGAAGAGCAGAAAUGAAAUGAAACAAAUAGAAAAACAAAGGAAAAAACCUUUAACAAAACAAGUUUCAGACAAACCACAAAAAGUGCUGCGUUUUAGACUUUUACGUUUCUCUAAGUGA